CGAUACCCGGAAGUCUUACUACGUUUCCGGUUGCUGAUGCUAACGGUGCACGGUCGUUUGCUUCUGGCCAGUUUUAGGUUUUGCCUUAAUAAUGGGAGAAGCUGAUGUGACGCUGAACCAGACCGACGAGAAGCCGCCGGAUUCGGCGUUGGCUCCCGGAGAAGACUCGGUGGUGUGGAGCCACGAGGUGGAGGUGUGCCUGUUCCACGCGAUGAUCGGACAUAAACCUGUCGGCGUGAACCGUCACUUCCACAUGAUCUGCAUCAGAGACAAGUUCAGUCAGAACAUUGGACGGCAGGUCUCCUCCUCCGUCAUCUGGGACCACCUGGGAACGAUGUACGACAUGCAGGCGCUGCACGAGUCGGAGAUCCUGCCGUUCCCAAACAACGAGAAGAGCUUCUCCCUGCCCGAUGACAUCAUCCAGGAGGUGAAGGAAGGGAAGCUGGGCUCAGAGGAGGAGUCCAAAGAGGAGUUCAGGAUGGAGAGAGAACCUCCAGCUACACAUGAAGAAGGGAGUAACUCCUCUGUGAAGAUGUCGGAGCGAACAAGCAGCAUUCGGGAUAAGGAGAGAGAGCGAGACAAGGAGAAGGGAGGAAGUGACGGAGGAUCGUCGUCAGCGGCGACGGGAGGAGGCGGCGGAAGCGGUAGUGGAGGGAAGGAGGCAGAGAAGAGGAAGAGGAGUCGAGCGGCCGAGAAGCUCCUGUCGUCUUCCAACCCGGCGAGUCCGGGAGGAGCCAAGAGGAGGCGCACCUGAGCGGGGGACGGACAGAGACGGAGGAGCGCGGUGGAGAGAAGGAGGUGAAUGUUGCUGCUGCCGUCGCAGAAGCCGAGCUUGCGAGCUUUGUGUCGUGUAAUCCUGGAGUGAGGUCGUCUAAGUGCUCUCUGUCCUCUUACAGUCGCCCCCUCUGUGGCUGCUCUCUGAUUGGCUGCUUGUCACCCGGCACCUGUGCUUUCAUCUCAUCGUGUGAUUACAGUGGGAGGAAGCGACACGUCUGGAAGCGCCUCUGGAGUGUUUUUAGCGUGCAGACAGCUGACCCGACCGCAGCGUGAGCGGCGUGUGUUGUCUUAUUGUUUUUAAUGCCAAGGUUGGAGUUUGCCCCGAGUCUUGCCUGUCAGGCUACAAAGAAGCCAUCCAGGAGUAUUGAGCACAUCGUCGUAAACUCUGCUACAGUUAUGUCCUGUUGUUGUUUCCGUCCUUUUCUUUUACCUUUUUAAAGCCGUUUCACCUUGUAGUGAAGCAGGAAGUGGAAGAACGUUCCAGUUUUCCUCCAUUUUCAUUUAAACUUUCUCGGUUGUACAGAGGAGUGAAGGAGCCCGGGUGAGACGGGUUUCCAACCUUUACGCUCUUUUCGCUUCAGUAGAAACGAGAGUAGAAGUGAAUAUUCCAGCGUGCACCUGCGAUCAGAGUGCACGCCAUGUUCUCACAGCGUGUGAAAUAAAAAUAAUUGAGUCUGUUUUCUGUUCUGAUGAUCAUCUGCUUAGAGCAGCGGUUUAAUGUGACAGGAGGUCAGCAUGUUGGCUGUCUGAGCUGCGUGUUUGUUGCUGCAGUGACUGUUUUUAGUUUCUGAUCAUCUGAAACUGCAAUAAUUGUGUUUCUCUCUGAACUGGACGUCGCAGCAUGUUGUACUUUUGUUUCUGUGUGAGGACACGAGCAGCUCCGAGUGAUUCCAGUUAUGUUUUUUAAUCUUUGUUUCAUUUGUGUCAUUUGAAAAUGCGUCUUCUGUGUAUUUAGUUUAGCGUCGGCUUGUUUUGAGGCCACGAGAAUCAAAUGUUCCCUUUAAGUAUUUUUGGGGUGUUAAUUUAUGGCUGCUGAUGUGUGAAACAGCUGUUUGUGUCAUUAAAGCUGAAGCCGAGUCUCCCGUCAUUCAUCGUUUUCCUGCAAAAAUGUUUGUAAAGAGCUGAAUGUUUAAACAUUAAAACUUCUGCCCCUCUUUUAA